AUGGAAAGAAGGGAAGGCGACUGGUUCUGUCCCGAUACUUCGUGUGGUAACCUAAAUUUUUCAAAGCGCACCAAGUGUAAUAUUUGUGGAAAACUUAGACCAACAAAUCAGUCUUCCAACCUAGCGACCACUCAAAAACAAGGAGAUUGGACCUGUAACAAGUGUGGAAAUUUAAACUGGGCAAGAAGGACACAUUGCAACAUCUGUAAUAUAUCCAAGACAUCGCAAGAACCGGAAGAUAGAUUGGGAAGAGGAGGAGGCUAUUUUGAUCUUUUUGACCCUAAAGAUAGGAAGGAACACGAUUCAGAAGACGAAGAAUACGACGAAUUUGGUAGAAAGAAAAAGAAAUCAUUAAAGAAUAAGAACUAG